ACCGAGGGAGACUGAAAGAUGGAUAAAAGCUUCUGUAGGGUAAUCUUCAAACAGGAAAUCUGAGAUUCAUAACAACUUAUAUUUUGGCUUGUCAUCACUGGUCAUGCGGUGGUCCCGAAAUAAACUCAGCUUGAAAGAGGAGUGUUUCAAAGCUGCACUGUAAUACAUCAAGACGCUCGGGGAAAGAAGAGAGAUGAAAAAUUAGGAUUUUGGGUGGGGAGAGGGGGGAAGGAAAGGAAUGAAUAUCUGAAGAUAUAAUCAAGGAAGUCAUUCUUUUGGGGGGCAUUGUUCUCUUGUUUCAGACCUAACAGAUUUGAAAACUGAAGCAAAAAAAGAAGUUAGAUGAUUUGCUCAAAGUUAAACACUGGGGGAGGAUGGCCACGGAGAUCACUACACCGAGGACCCAGAGAACUAUUGGACAUGAAGAGUACAGUCUGUAUAGCAGUAUGAGUGAGGAUGAGCUUAUCCAAAUGGCCAUCGAGCAGAGCCUGACUGACAGCUCCCCUGGGCAGCCAGCUGUCCCAGGCUGUCAGAAAGCUCGGACAGCAGCGAGAGAAACAGCUGCAGCCAAUCGCUCCAACAGGCCACCUGCCCAUUUUUACCCAUGGACCAGGUCUGCAGCUCCUUCGGGGACCCAGCCUCCGCCUCCCAAUGUGGGCUUGUUUCAAGGGGUCAGGCAAAGAUACAACGGCAGCCUGUUCAAGACCCCCCAGCCUGUAGUCAUAGAUCCCGUGGUGAAGGCCAUUAAGGAUGGUGAUGAAAAUGCUUUAACUUCCAUGAUCCAGUCAGGCAAAAACCUCUCUGAACCCAACAAGGAUGGAUGGCUCCCUCUGCAUGAAGCUGCCUAUUAUGGCCAGUUGGGUUGUCUGAAAAUAUUACAGAAAACAUAUCCUGCUAUUAUUGAUCAACGCACUCUUCAGGAGGAAACAGCCCUUUAUAUAGCAACCUGUAGAGGAAACCUAGAUUGCUUACUGACCCUUUUGCAAUGUGGAGCUGAACCGGAUAUUUCUAACAAGUCUCGAGAGACCCCACUUUAUAAAGCUUGUGAGCGGAAGAAUGUGGAAGCUGUUAGGAUGCUUGUGCAAUAUAAUGCCGAUACCAACCAUCGAUGCAACCGCGGCUGGACUGCUCUCCAUGAAUCCGUGGCCAGGAACGACUUGGAAGUCAUGGAAAUUCUGGUGAGCGGAGGUGCCAAGGUGGAAUCCAAGAAUGCAUACGGCAUUACCCCUUUAUUUGUGGCUGCCCAGAGUGGACAGCUGGAGGCACUGAGAUUUCUGGCCAAGCAUGGUGCAGACAUUAAUACUCAGGCCAGCGAUAGUGCCUCAGCCCUCUACGAAGCUUGUAAAAAUGAACAUGAAGAUGUGGUGGAGUUCCUCUUGUCCCAGGGAGCAGAUGCCAACAAAUCCAAUAAGGAUGGGUUGUUACCUCUUCAUAUUGCUUCCAAACGAGGCAAUUACAAGAUUGUUCAGAUGCUGCUACCUGUGACGAGCCGCACACGGGUUAAGCGCAGUGGUAUAAGCCCCCUUCACCUGGCCGCUGAGAGGAAUAAUGAUGACGUGCUGGAGGGGCUCUUAGAUGCUGGCUACGAUGUCAAUGCUACCCUUUCCCCUGAGCGGUCCCGGCUGUAUGAGGACAGGCGGAGCACUCCCCUGUACUUUGCUGUUAUCAAUAACAACAUUUAUGCUACUGAAAUGCUUCUACAGGCUGGGGCGAGCCCCAACCUGGACAUCAUCAACCCUCUGCUCAUCUCCAUUCGCCAUGGCUGCCUCAAGACCAUGGAGCUCCUGCUGGACCACGGAGCCAACAUUGACGCCUACAUCUCCAGCCACCCAACCACCUUCCCAGCCACCAUCAUGUUCUCCAUGAAGUGUCUUUCCCUUCUGAAAUUCCUCAUGGACCUUGGGUGUAAUGGAGACUCCUGCUUCACCUGUCAGUAUGGGAAUGGCCCCCACCCAAUCACACAGGCAACUUCAACCAGGUUCAAUGAGAUGCCCUUGGACAAAUCACCCACUGUUGUCCAGUUCUGUGAAAUCAUCUCUGCCCCCGAGGUCAGUCGUUGGGCGGGACCCAUCAUUGAUGUUCUCCUGGAUUAUGUUGGGAAUGUGCAGCUGUGUGCCAGGCUGAAGGAGCACAUUGAGAGCUACGAAGACUGGGCUGUCAUCAAAGAAAAAGCAGAGCCACCGAGGCCUCUGGCCCAUCUCUGCCGUCUGAGAGUUCGAAAGGCCAUUGGGAAAUACCGCAUCAAACUCAUAGACACUUUGCCACUCCCCGGCCGGUUGAUCAGAUAUCUGCAGUAUGACAAUUCUCAGUAAUCUGGCAUGCAUUGGAGGAAGACGAGCUUCCUCCUGAGAUUUUACACAGCACAGUGAUUAAGUACCAGGAUUAUGAAGGCUUCCAGUGAUGAUGGCCAACUGACAGGACCGCCCUCAGGCUCACAAGGCUCACAGCUAUAGCAUCACUGUGACCAGCCCAUAGACUCUGUUCUUGGUGGGGCCACAGUGCAAGAGCAAAGAGGGAAAACAAGAGCUAGGUGGGCUGGGGGAGGAAGGGAGGGAGCAAGAGGGACUUACACAAAUGCUGCCAUGACCAGACUAGGAGAUAGGUUUACUGACUUAUCACCAAUUCCAGACUUUGUUGGCAUAAGGGGAAAUUUAUGAAAGAAAACCUAUUAACUUUAUAAGGUUUCCAGGCCUUUGAGGUACAGUCAAAAUGAAAGGAAUCUCAAGAAGUCCAGGAAAUAUAGAAAAACAAAAGCAAAAUUUGCCUGGUAUGCUGUGAUAUAGUUGCUACAGAUUAGAAUAACCCGUUAGCCUUUCACAGUAUCUCAGCAGAUUUCCUUAUAUUAACUUGGGUUCCUUUCUUUGUUAAAUUUUUACUUCAAGAAUCAUGAAAUCUCAGAGUAGGAAGGGACUUCAUAAAGCGUCUGGUCUAACCUUAUGUUCUAUGUAGCAAUUCUUUUUGCAAUGUCCCUCAUAAGUCCCCAGGGGAUAGAAGCAGAGCAGUGAGAAUGUGAGCAAGUAAUUUCCUGCUCUGGGCCUCAGUAAUUUCCUUUGUAAAAUCAGGGGUUGGUCUUAAUGCUAUGAGUGAUUCGUUCCAACUUUUGCAACAUAUGCUUCUUUUAAAUUGGGCACAUUUUUCUCCAAUCCAAACUGGAUGAUCACUUCUUUUCUUUCAUUUUGAGCACCACCUAGUGGCUCCUUGUUGUGGUGUGAUCAUGUCUCUGAACCUAAAGAUCCAAGAGCAUUUUAAAAGAUAAAUCCCUGACAAGACUUAAUCCCUCCAUCUCAUAUCCCGUGCCUCCUUUUUCUAGCUUUUCUGUACUCAAUUGUUUUUCUUUCUCAGCUUUCUUUUCAACAUAUUGUGUUUGAGGAUUGGGAACUGUGAUAGGAUUUUUGUCUCAAAGUUUUGAUAAGUACAAUGGAUGUUUCCUACGUUACAUGAAACAUGACAGCUGUUAGCGUUCUCUUCUCCCCAUCCCUGUCACACUGGUCACAUUUUAUUUUGUGUGUAUAUAUAUAUAUAUAUAUACACACACACACAUAUAUAUAUAUAUUUUUUUUUAUUGAGGUUGUUCUUCACUGUCCCUUCCAAAUGCUUCACUUCUCUUACCCUACAGAACCUUUCUUUGAAUGAAUAAAAAUUAGUUACUAGAUGCUAGAAUCAAACUUCUGGGUCGGAAUGGAGCCUGAUCAUUGGAGUCAGGAUUUACUGCAGGAAACAUUCUGGUCACUGAUUUCUGUUCAGAAGAGAACUAACGACACACGACAAAUCCAUGACAGAAGCAACUCUGGCCGUAUGUAACAUUCAUUUGCCAUUCCUCACACAGAAAUCUAUCCUUUUGAUUUGUUUCCCAUAAUCUAUAGACCAAGGGAAUAUGUCAAUUCAUUAUAGAUAUGAUGAGGGUCAGAUUGCAUAUAAAGGUCAUUUUUGGGAGCCUUUAAAAGACACUUAUUCAUAGAGUACAUACACUCUUCAUUCCCACAGAUCUGCUUUUCUAUAGGAGUCAAGACACUGGAAAAAAAAGAAAUCAUACACUUAACACUUAGUGUAUGUUAUAAGCAAAAGUACUGUGAUGAUGACAGGGCUUUCCUGGAGCUCUAACAAUGAUAAUAAUGCUUUAAGGUUUACAAAAUGUUUUCUAUAUGUUAACUCAUUUGAUCUUCACAGCAGUUCUGUGAAGUAAUUACUAUGAUUACCCCUUUUUACAAAUGGGGAAAAACAGACUAGGGGAAGUUAAGUAACUUGCCCAGCUUUUAAGCAUCUGAGAUUGAAUCCUAACUCCGUUCUUUCUCACUCCAAUGCCAGCACUUUAUCUAUUAUGUCCCCUAGCUUCCUGAUCUCACGCAACACAUAUACUGGUUGGUGAGACCCAUGUCCAUUGCAGUUAUAUGUCCUUAUCAGCCCUACCUUUGCUCAUUCCCACAAAGAAUGGAUGAGCUCCACUCCCUAGUGCUAUUUGCUCUAUUUUGUCCUAAAAUCGCUUGCAUUUGCAUAGAUUUUAUGUAAUAACAUCACAGAGGUAAGUGCUUGUUUUAUUUGUAUGAGACUCUUCCAAGUUGUCAGACAAAAGGAACCAAGGACAUCAAUGUGUUAAGAGGGGGCAGUGGGAUACUGAAGAAAGGGCACUUGCUUGGAGAAGUUCAAGGUUUUGGAACUUCUUACUAGCAAUAGUAAGUAAAAUGAAAGAGAUGUUCUACCUCUAAGAUCUCUUCUAUCUCUGAUAUAUUAGCAGUCUCUGAAACAUAGAGUGUCUGUGAAGAGAAACACUGAGUCUGUGAUAGGUUAGUAAUGCUUGCUAUUAAAACAUAAACUAAAUGCAUGUAUAAAGUGCUUGUUUUGAAUCUUUUAGUGGCGAGGGACUUUAGAAUCAUGUAGCCCAGUUCCCUGAUUUUCAGAUAAGGAAACUGAGACCUAGAGGGGGUGAUUUGCCAGAAGUCCCCUAAAGAGUUGGAGCAGAAAGUGCAGUCUAAGUAAUAGAGAUUUAAAAAUUAACUCUUAAACCAACAUUUUCCAAAUGAUGAAAUUUAAUUUUUAGGAUUCCAUUAGACUUAUCACUUGUCCAGUGGGUGUCAGAAGUUUGUAGAUGAGAAAACAUUGCCUAUAAAACAUUCUUCACUAAAACUAUGUCUUGAAGGAAUUAACUUCCCUCUUUGCUAUAUAGAAAACAUUAUCAACAACAAUUAGGAAAGUAAACAGUUCUGACCCCAGAACUUAGGAAAGGGAUAGCUCAAGAAUUGUCUUAUGGGAUAUAUUGGUGAGCAGAGAGAGAAAAGGAAGGCUUUGUUGAAUCAUGUGAACCACUUAGAACUAUGGAGUUUUUCAGAAUAGACACCUUUUGUAGUAUCUUCAUUUUAAAUCUUUAGAGACUGUUAUGUUCCAUAUCUUGCAGCCAUAUAAUAAUGCCAAUUGAAUAUUGUUAUUAAAAUAUGGGCUUUUGUUUGGGGGAAAAGUUUGGAGUCAUUAAAGUUUUGCUAUUUCCUUAAGACAA